GGGACGCGGCUCCUCUAUUGAGCGCCUCGCUGGCGCUGAGGCAUUAGCAGGAGCAUCACAAAGCCGUUAUGAGGCGCCCGAGGAGGGCCACGUCGGCGCCCGCCUUCCCCGCAAGGGCCGGUCUUCACAGCUUCUCGGGAGUUUACGUAGCCGCCAAGGGGACGUCGUUGGCGGCACCCACUGAGGGCUGUGGCGGUUGCUGAGGGCGUCCGGGAGAAAGGCGGGAAGCGGCGCGGUCGCGCGAGGCGGAGCACCCAAAAUACGCUCUGCCGUGCGUAUCCUGCACGCGGUGCCUGCCGGGACAUGAGCAACCGCCGGUGCGUCCCGAGCCCAGGAGAACCAGGAGAAGGCGGCCUUCAGCCGGAGCGCCCCUUGUCUCCAUGUGAAUUACAUGGACGUGUGACGUUUCUCCUCUGAAAAGAUGGAGUGGGUUCUCCUGAGCACAUUUUGCUGAGAUUUGCACCUGUUAAUCUAGGAAGAGCUGAUGCUGAGAUCAAAUUUCAGGAAGGGACCAUGGAUCAGCCCAGUGGGAGAAGUUUCAUGCAAGUUCUUUGUGAGAAAUAUAGCCCCGAAAAUUUCCCAUACCGUCGUGGUCCCGGAAUGGGCGUGCAUGUCCCAGCUACACCUCAAGGCUCACCUAUGAAAGAUCGUCUCAACCUUCCAAGUGUGCUGGUGUUGAACAGCUGCGGAAUAACCUGUGCAGGGGACGAGAAUGAGAUUGCUGCCUUCUGUGCUCACGUGUCUGAACUGGAUCUGUCUGACAAUAAACUUGAAGACUGGCACGAGGUCAGUAAAAUUGUGUCAAAUGUCCCCCACUUGGAGUUUCUAAACCUGAGUUCCAAUCCUCUGAAUUUAUCAGUUUUAGAGAGGCCGUGUGCUGGGUCUUUUGCCGGUGUUCGAAAACUUGUGCUCAACAACAGCAAAGCUUCGUGGGAAACAGUCCAUACAAUACUGCAAGAAUUGCCAGACUUGGAGGAACUCUUCCUGUGCCUUAAUGACUAUAAAACAGUGUCUUGUUCUCCGGUUUGUUGUCACUCUCUCAAGUUACUCCACAUAACUGACAAUAAUCUCAAAGACUGGACUGAAAUCCGAAAGUUGGGGAUAAUGUUUCCAUCACUAGACACCCUGGUUCUGGCCAAUAACUACCUGACAACUAUAGAGGACUCGGAAGAUUCUCUGGCGAGGCUGUUCCCAAACUUACGGUCCAUCAGCCUGCACAAGUCAGGUCUGCAUUGCUGGGAAGACAUUGACAAACUCAAUUCUUUCCCCAAGCUUGAGGAAGUGAGGUUAUUGGGCAUUCCUCUCCUUCAGCCAUACACCAAUGAGGAGCGCAGGAAGCUGGUCAUAGCCAGGUUACCAUCUAUCACUAAGCUGAAUGGGAGUGUCAUUUUGGAAGGAGAGCGAGAGGACUCUGAGAGGUUUUUUAUUCGUUACUACAUAGACUUUCCACAAGAGGAAGCCCCAUUCAGGUAUCAUGAGCUAGUGACAAAAUACGGUAAGUUGGAAAAGCUGGCAGUGGUGGAUCUGCGGCCCCAGAGCAGCGCGAAAGUUGAAGUUCACUUUAAAGACCAGGUGGAAGAAAUGACCAUCCGCCUGGAUCAGACGGUAGCGGAACUAAAGAAACAAUUGAAAACGUUAGUCCAGCUGCCAAUCAGCAGCAUGCUCGUGACCUACUUCGAUCACGAAGCUCCCUUCGGUCCCGAGGAGAUGAAGUACAACUCGCGGGCUCUACACUCUUACGGCAUUCGGGAUGGAGACAAAAUCUAUGUGGACUCCAAAGCCAAAUAGCCUCCCCAGCUUCAGGGAGUUCACGUCCACGUGUUCCACCCACCCGUGCACACAACCAAGGACUUUCUGCAGGGUGGAGGCUCAGUUUGGUUAAUCCUUUGAGGUUUGGUUUGGUUUUAUAUACGUACCGGGUAACUUCUCUACCAGGCCCACAUCUGUAAGAGGUGCACUGGGACCCUGUGCAGAUUGCAGUGGUGGUGAAUUUAAGAGGAGGUAGCUGACUUGGCGAGUAUGUGCAGUUUUUUCUUUGGUUUCUCCCAACUGCUCCAGUAUUCUUGUGAAUUUGGCAUGAAAGGCUUUCUCCAAAGCUUAAGAGGGUUAUUGCAGUCACUCAGUCAGGGAGUUCAGGCUUUCAAAACCAUGCAUAUGGGGUACAUGUUAAAAAGGUUUUCUGUGGAUCUUGUUCAUUCGGUAGUCAGACUCCGGUUACAAACGGCUGCAUUGCUGUCCCUUCACCUGGGUGGCCUAUCAUCUCUUUGUUACCCUGAUAGUUGGGUUGGAAAGAAAAUGUUCUAUAAGCAGUGUUUUUACCAGACUUUAGUCUGCUGGAUAUCCAGUACCCAGGAAGUUGAAGGAGAUAAAAAAUCUGAUAGGGAGACACACACACACACAUUCUCGCUCUGCGUAGCUUUCAGACCAUUCUGCUAAAUCGUGAUUGCUUGGAUAGCCUUUUUGGCUUGCUAGCUCUCGAGGGUAGCACAGGGGCCAAACUCGAUGCAGAGAGCGCUAGGCGCUGGAAUGGACAGCGUUUUGUAUUGUGGGCCAGUUCAUGUUGGCAGCUCAGUAGUAUGUGCGAUUUACUCUCUUGGUUGCAGAAAGCUCUUACAAAUAUUGCCAUCCUGGCUGUUUGAUGAAGGAACCUAAAACCCAGGUAUUGUUGUUUUUCAUUAGCAUUACUUUAUCCUACCCUUCCUCCAAGGAGCUGAGGGCAGUGUACAUGCUUCUCUCCACCCCACCCCCUUUUUAAAAUAAUGAUAACCCUAUGGGGUAGGAUAGGCACUGAGAGAGUGACUGGCUCAAGAUCACUCUGAGCUUCAUGGCUGACUGGAGAGUUGAACCUCAGUCUUGCCAAUCUCAGUCCGGCUAACUAUGACACCACAGUGAAAACCACAGCCCAGGCCUUUUCUCAUUGUCUCAUCAUACAUAGCACUUUUUAAAGCCAAUAUAUUGAUGUCACAGAACGACUGGUCCUCUGAGUUCACGGGUCCUAACUCUGCAUGAGUCACUGCUCUUGACUUGCACAGAACCACCAAGGGCGAUGGGCUUCUCUUACACACUUCAGAAGCAAACCUCCCACUUUAAUGGUGAACGGAGUGUGUUUCUCUUACCAGGAGCUUAGGAAACUGCCGUCAAGAGUAUAAAAUGCAGCCCACUGUUCUUGGAGACUUUCACCGUUUCAAGUAGCUGAAUCCCGUAUUUAUGAUUCUCCUCGAAAAUAUGUUUUCUUUUUUUAAAAAAGGAUGCUUGCUUUGUGAAUCAAGCAGGGCUUUUUCUCAGCAGUGCCCUUCUAUGCUCACCUGUCAGUUUGAUGAGUGGAAAACCACAGAAUCACUUAGUUUUACACAUGUACACAUUUAAAGGAGAAGAGGAAGGUUUUUUUUCACUUGUAGCAUUGGCGCUAGGCUCUUGUUACCUAUAAACUUUCGACCUUGGCUACUUAGCCUUUCUGCCCUGACAUGCAGCGUUUCUUUUCAUGAAGCGUCUGUUCUCUCACACGGGUGUCAUUCAUAUAUAUAUAUAUAUAAAAUCUCCAAGAGUUUGUGGAUUUUCUUCUCACAAAUGUCUGCUGUAUGGUAAACUAAAACUAAUCUUACUUAUUUUUUUAUGCUAGAAGAGGUAGUCCGACCUGUAUGCUAAGCAUAGAAACAGGGCAGAAUAAAAUUAGAGGACCCCCCCCCCGCAUCAAGCUGCUGCUUCUCCUAUGAUCCCAUCAAGAUGAGCAAUAUAGAGCGAACUAAGGCUUGCAUGUGGAACAUGGUAGUCCAUUCUCUUUUUAUUUCGCUGACUCCAGUAAGAAAUGAUAUAUGUAUAAUGUGGAGUCAUUCCCGGAUAAUGUGUUGAAAUGACUCUGGGUUUUAUAAGCUGAGGCAGAGCAAAGGUUUCUUUUCCUGUGCUUUUGGGUAGCAAAGCUACAAGCCAACGCUUUGCGCAUGUGUGUGUAUGUAUGUAUAUGUAUAUUUACACAUAAUGGGAAAUGGUAAUGUUAAUAAGAUAUUUUAUUAUAAAGCAAAGUUUUAUUGAAAGAUGAGGUUGUGUAAUAAUACUAGACAAUUAUUUUAUCUGUGGAGCUACUAUAUAAAGUAUGCUAGCCCUGCAAGCCAGGUCAUCUGGAGACCAAAUCAAGUGUAAAUGAAAUGGCCAGUCGGGUUGUAAGGAACAGUAUUCCCCAUCUUUCCUCCUCCCCUUCUCCCAGCCCAGUAUUUAUACAAUAGUAACAGGCAUUUAAUGGAAUAUUUGUAACUGCUAGACGGCUGUGUUGACUGCGCAGGUGUUGGCAUCUUAGAAGGAAACAUUCCACCUAUUAAAAGACUGAAGGGA